AUGGGCUCGAGCUCAGAAAAUUCGUUAUAUCCGAAACGAAGGAAUUUCCGAAAAAGAAGUUACAAACAACUGCAUCCAUACAAACUAGACAAGUACAUUGCUGAGAAACAAGGAGUUCCUGUUUAUGUUGACAGUAAUCCGGGUCUUGGAAUGGUAGACGAUAGAGAAGAGGAAAAUGAAAAUGAAGCAUAUAGAGACCCGCGUCCGUCACUUCGGAAAGUCUUAUCAGAAGAGAAUAAAUAUCCUGAGAAAGUCGGGGAUAAUUCCGAUGCUGACGAUGAUUUAAUUGUAUCUGCAUUACCGCCCCAAAGAACAUAUGCUUUCUCAAAAACAACAUCAGCGAAUACUAAAAUCUCAUCAUCUAUAAAACAAACACCGUCACCACCAAAGAAAAUAGAAUUAGAAAUGUAUCAAAAGAUCCCGCAAUUUGAAGAAAGUACAUUUCAAAAUUAUUUUGAAAAUUUCAAAGCACGCGUGAAAAAUCAAAGUCAACACGAAAAUUGGAACUCGUGUAUUCUACGACACGUUGGAACUUUGUCAUCGCGUGUUCAAGAAUUUCAUUCCGAAGAGGAUCCCGUGGAUCGAGCACUAGGCAACUGUUGCGAGGUGUUUUGCUUUUUGGCCGGAAACAUUCCCAGAUAUAUUCGUCCGUUGUCAAUAUCUGAGAGUAUUGAACAGUUUGAUAUGAUAAUGUCUAGUAAAAAAUUUGGAAGCGCGUCACUGUUAAAACGAUCGUAUUAUUUGAAGCAUGCCAAAGAGCUGGUGAUGUUGAUUAAAAAACGAGGUGCAAGUGAUACAGAGUUUCUCAAAAUGUGUCAUUUGAUUUGGUCGCGUUUCAAAUCGAUUAUUGGAGAUUAUAUUGUUUAUAAAAAUACGAAAGAGGCAUCAUCUUAUCAUCUGAUGGAGCAGAGUUUGAUAAAAGGAUUGGAAUCAAUGGAAAUUAUUCUACAAAGUGUCGAUACUGUGCAAGAUACCCAGGAAAAUCGAAUAUUAUUUGCGGAUCUAAGUCGUCGACUAUAUAAUCUAUCAAACUUUAUUUUCAAUAAAGAUAUCAGAAAGGAGAGAUAUCAAGAGACGCAUAUUGAAUUACGAUUAAAAUCCGUUGCCUUUUUCGCUGAGCUUGCGUGGAUAACACACAAAAACUUUCAGGCAUCAAGUCAGGAUAGUUUAAAAACUAAUAUCAAUGACUGGAUUCGUGGAGAAUACAGCUACAGAUGGAAUCACAACACUGACGCGCGUCGACAGAUUUCAUUAAUUUUCUGUGCAAAUUUGAUAAAAAAGAAGGAUGACGACAAUAUAUUCUUGUCUUUCAAAGAUGAAUUCAUUGACGUAUGGUUCGAGACAAUUCUGAAUGACACUGAAUAUCUACAAGAGACACAACGCGACUACAGCGAAAAAUUGAAAAGAUUAAUACGUAAUCAUUAUAACAAUGAUCCGACUAGCGAUCAUUUCCCGGAUCAUGCUAUUUUCGAGAAAUGGGAUUGGUUUGGCGGGUGGCGACAAAAAGUCGAAUCACUUAAUUGCUUAUUUGGUGCUAUUAAAGCACGGUGCAGUAUCGCGUCAAAGAGUUGGGAGAGAAAAGUGCGGUGUCAAAAUAUUAUUGUGUUUUUGAAAUCCUGCGAUGAGAGUUUCGAAUUAGACCAUCAAGAGGACGUGGAAAAUUUGAAAAUAACGGCGACAAGAGUUCGUAGUGAAUUGUCGUAA